AUGCCUGCACGGUAUAUCUUGAUAUGUGCUUUGUGUUUGCUUUAUCAGUACCCUGUGAACUCUACCAGCGGCGUCAUACAAAGCCUGCAGAACUUCCCCGACCCCCACCCUACCCCCGAGACAGCUCUCAUGGCCAAGUUCCGACACUGGAUGAUCCGACACGGAAAAGUCUACGCGGACAUCAUCACCACAUUCAGAAGAUACAGCACGUUCAAGGCCAACCUGGCCCACAUCACACAGCUCAACGUGCGCCACCUGGGGGCGGCGACAUUCGGACUGACCAAGUUCUCCGACCUCACCACCUCACAGUUCCGCAGACAGAUUCUCAUGUCCCCUCAUCUCCCAUCUGCCGUCACCCCACAAAGCAGCCAACGCAGAGCACACUCAGAAACCACAACAACAAUAACAACAACAAUAACGACAGACACGCUUACAAACUCGACUCUCGCCCCGCCCACUCCAGGCCUAAGCCCCGCCCUUUCUCCCCCACCGGACCAAUGGGACUGGCAAAAAGAGGGCGUGGUCACAGAGGUCAAAGAUCAAGGCCGAGUGGGCACGUGUUAUAUCUUCGCGGCGCUGGGCGCUGUGGAGGGUCGCUGGGCCAUGAAGGGAAACACGCCGGUCAGUCUGUCAGUGGAGCAAGUGGCGGACUGUCACGCUACGUUCAUCCACCGAUGCAAGCCUCAACGUCUCAACCACUCGGUACUUUUAGUUGGCUACGGUCGAGAAGGUCCAAGAGAUUUUUGGAGAGUCAAGAACUCUUGGGGCAAAGACUAUGGAGAGGAAGGAUAUUUCCGGAUAGAACAAGGUGCAGGCGCGUGCGGUAUAAACAGACAGGUCACCACGGUAACGCUAGAAUGAUUGAAUCACCACGGUAACACUAGAAUGAUUGCAUCAUCAGUUCUUGAUGGAGUUCAGAGAUGAUUGUUCCCACAUCCACGAGAAGAAGAAAACUAGGACCUAAUUAUGGAAGUUUUUGGGGGGUUUUUGGUUGUUUUUUUUGUUUUGUUUUUGGAAUACUUAAAAAUAUUUAUGUUAAUUCAUGAUUCAUCAAUUUUUUAAUACUGCUCGGUUGCUUUUUCUUUUAUUGUUAAAGAUUAACAAAGUAAACUGGGAAAUGUGAUUCUCACCAUCAU